UUUUUCUCCAAGACUUCAACUUUCAUUAAUUUAAAAACCUCAAAUUUUCUCUCUUUUUCCAACAAUUCCCAUAAUAAGUUUCUUCAAAAAUUCUCUAUUUUACUCCUAUUUUUGCUAAAAUGGUAGAUUACAUAACCAAAGCUGAAGAAUGCAAUAAUAAAGCUGAGAAUUUAAUCAAUGGUUGGGGAUUUUCAAAAUUUGAUGAUGCUGCUGAAUUUCAUCACAAAGCUGCUAAUUCCUUUAAAAUUGCCAAAUCAUGGGAACAAGCUGGAUGUGCCUACAUUAAGUUGGCAGAGUGUCACUUGAAGACGGGUAGCAUUCAUGAAGCUGCUACUGCUUAUGUAGAUGCCGCGAACUGUUAUAAGAAGAUUUCUCCAAUGCAGGCUAUAUCAUGUCUAGAGCAAGCUGUGAAUCUUUUCUCUAGUAUUGGGAGAUUUAGCUCGGCUGCAAGAUAUUGCAAGGAAGUAGGUGAACUAUAUGAGCAGCUGCGCGAUGUUCAGGAGGCUAUCAAAUCUUUUGAGCGGGCUGCUGAGUUUUUUGAAGGUGAAACAGCAGCAACAUCUGCAAGUCAUUGCAAGCAAAAAGUUGCUCAAUAUUCUGCUCAUUUGAAACAGUAUACGAAAGCAAUAGAGGUACUUGAAGAAGUAGCACGGGAAGCUAUUAGCAGCAAUUUGCUACGGUAUGGGGUAAGAGGACAUCUACUGAACGCUGGUAUCUGCCAUCUCUGUAAAAGGGAUCUUGUUGCAGUGACCAAUGCAUUAGAACGAUAUCAGGCUUGGGAUCCCACUUUCUCAAGAACUCGUGAAUAUGAGCUUUUAUCUGAUCUGGUGGCAGCAUGUGACGAGGAAGACGUUGAAAAGUUUACUGACGUUCUGAAGGAGUACGAUAGCUUAAGCCCUCUGGAUUCAUGGAAAACCAUUUUGCUGCUAAGAAUUAAAGAGGAUCUGAAGGCCAAGAAGCAAGAUGUGGAUCUAAGCUGAAUUUUUCUAUCAAAACAAAUUUGAGGCCAAGUUGAAAAUUGCUAGUUUCAUAGUGUUUAUACUAUUGUUAUAUUCAUAUUUGUAUGAUUGAUGAGACCCCCCCCCCCUAAUGCAAAGGAAGUUUGGGUCUCCUAGUGCUUAGGCAGAGUUGUAAUACUAUGACCUUAUUCAUUUAUGUAAAGCAUUUGUUGGAAAUAGAAAUAAUGGAAACAAGUUGUUU